CCUUGCACAUGUGUUUACUACCGACUGAGCAGCUAAGCGGCAGCGCUCAACUUAUUUUUAAUAACAGUGUAUUCUCGUCGCCUUUGUUAUUUACACUGGCUGAAAUAUGGGGAAGCUGAAUGUUGUGAUACUGAGAUACUUGUCUCGAGAUGACUUCCGAGUCCUCACUGCUAUUGAGAUGGGGAUGAAGAACCACGAGAUUGUCCCAGUAAGCCUUUUGUCCUCCAUUGCCAGCCUCAAACAUGGUGGAUGCAACAAGAUCCUCAGAGAACUUGUAAAACACAAACUUGUGUACUAUGAACGAUCCAAGACUGUCCAGGGCUACAAGUUGAACUAUGGAGGUUAUGACUACUUGGCUCUAAAGACCUUCUGCUCUAGAGAAGUCAUAUUGUCAGUUGGCAAUCAGAUGGGUGUUGGCAAAGAGUCAGAUAUAUAUAUUGUGGCAAGUCCAAAUGAUGAACAGUAUGCUCUGAAGCUGCAUAGACUGGGUCGCACCUCCUUCAGAAACUUAAAAAACAAGAGGGAUUACCACAAACACAGAAAGAACAUGUCUUGGCUCUACCUCUCACGCCUUUCUGCCACGAAAGAGUUUGCCUACAUGAAGGCAUUAUAUGAUCGAGGCUUUCCAGUUCCCAAACCUGUGGACUAUAACAGACAUGCUGUUGUGAUGGAGCUCAUCAAUGGAUAUCCUCUGUGUCAGGUUCACGAGCUGCAGGAUCCAUCUGCUCUGUACAGUGAGUUCAUGGAGCUCAUAGUCAAACUGGCCAAUCACGGCCUGAUUCAUGGAGACUUUAACGAAUUCAACCUUAUGCUGGACAACCAGGACCACAUAACUCUGAUUGACUUCCCUCAAAUGGUCUCUACAUCACACCCUAACGCUGAAUGGUACUUUGACCGUGAUGUCAAAUGUAUCAGGGAUUUCUUUGCAAAGAGAUAUAACUAUGAAAGUGAGCUAUUUCCAACCUUCAAGGACAUACGGCGGUCUUGCUCUCUAGAUGUGGAAGUGUCAGCCAGUGGCUUCACCAAAGAUCUGGAGAGAGAUGGUGCAUUGCUAAACCCAGCUGGACCUAAUGAAGAAACAGAUGAUGAAGAGGGGGAGGCAGAAGAUGAAGAUGAGGAAACGGAUGAAGAGCCUGAAAUAGAAGAGAGUAUGAACAUGAAGGAAUAUCAACAUGCAAUGUUGGAACUGGAGGGAUUGAAAAUCAGUGAAACCCAUGCAAACAUACAAGAUCAAGACGAUGAAAAGAGAGAGGAAACAAAAGAAGAGGAAGAGACCGAGGCAACCUCCACAGCUAAAAGUGAUACGGAAACAGAGAAGGAGUUAGAGGAAGAGUCAAGGGAAGCAGAGGAUGACUGCCCAGAGCUGACAGGCUUAUCUGCUUUGAACAAAGAGUUCAAACCUUUCAGAGAUCCGGACAGCCUUCAACACAUUGCCGAACAUAGUAGGAGGAGAACAGACAGUGAAGCCACAAUGGGGAGCACAGGGAGCUGCUCUACCAUCCCACCGGAGGUAGUCCGUCAGAAGAUGCGUAGGCAGCUCACCAACCAGCAGAAGGCAGCACAGAGGAGACGUCUGCAGAAGGGAGAAGCCAACUUGGUGACCAAAGCCAGGAGAGAGAACCAAUUUACCAUCAAGUCCAGCAUAGAAGGCGCCAGCUUCUGGGGGUGAAUAGGACUGCAGGAAUGGACAGAGAGAAAGCCUGUCAAAAUACUUUUUGUUUGAUUAACAGUUCAUCUGCUUCUUUGUAUGCAGAACUGUCAAUCUUAUGAUGGACAGAAUAAGAAAUGCAGCUAAAAGUUAUAUAUAAACUGUUUUUUACAGUCAUGGAGAAAUCAGAGGAGUGACAAAAUGAAAGUAAAAGAUUUUCUUUUUAUGUCACUUCCAAAUCCUUCAUCUUUGUCAAACAUGACAACAGAAUCAUUUUUAAUAAAAUAUUAAAAUCUUCUUUUACAUCUACA